AUGGCGGACUCCUCCCGGCCUGCACCACCACCCAUCAAUGGCAAAGACACACUUUUCGACACCAACAUCGAGAAAGUCUUCGUCUCUAUCAUCCACGCAAAACAAUUCCUCAAGCGAGCCAAUAACGAGCAGCUCAACGUCUACCUAUCAAAUGCCGUACAACGAAUCGACGUCCCACAUCGAGCUGAGAAAGCCGACUGGCUGCUCCAAAAGAGCAACUCGUUCAUCGACGGCAAGCUAUCGGAGACUGAUGAGAAGGGCAGGAGGGGUAUUUGCAACCGCAUGGCGGCGGUGUCGUUGUUACUGGUCAGACAAGCGGCGAAGAAGGGUGCGGUCAGUGAUUUGGGUAUCGAUUGGGAUGUUGUCAAGAGCAUGUUUGACGAUGAGGUGCACCGUGAGAUCCUGGACCAUGAGGGAAAUCACCGCCCGUCUGAAAUUGUUGGCGCAACUGUUUGA